UAAUUCAUCUAACUUUCACUUUAGCCUGAGACGCCCAUCACUAACAUACAGCGGCGACAUCAAUCAGUUUAGAGUUCAAAGAGCAAACAGCGAAACAUUUUGGGAGUCAUUUGAAUUGAAUUUUAAGUGCAGUCCAGGACGCUUGUGUAGAUGGCCAGUGAAUCCUGGUUGGAGGCUUCCCUGCGCCGUUCAUCUAAACUUGGGCAGGAGGUGUUGGAAAAAGCGAAAAGGCGAUCUGCGAGCUGUUCAAGACCAAGACCACCCGUACUCGAUCAUAAUGAAAGGAACUCAGAGAGAGACAUUUUACAUGCAAACUUGCACAGUGCUUUUGCAAAAAUAGUGGAGUGCAUGUCAGAAACGACCAGUCAGUGCAAGAAGUUUUAUGAGACUGUGCACCUGGCUCAGCCCAGUGAGCGAGAACACAUCUGUCGCUACCAUUCCCAGAAGAUGUUGAGGACUGCAGACCAGAAACAGAACGCAAGUGCAGCCAUCAAACGAGACCUUGGUUCAUCAGAACAAGAGGAUUUUUCUAUUGAAGUGUCUCCAGGCACCUAUUCCAUCACAGCAGCGAUGGAGGACACAAAGCCCCAGACGAAAACUGUCUGCAUCAACGCUGGAGAAAGCUUGAGCCUUACAUUCAACCUCUGAACUGGGUGAAAUUCAAUGCCUUAAUUGAGGACUUAAAGACUAAAACUAAACGGACUGACUUUGACACAGCUUGAUAUCUUGGUAUCUCAGGAAUAUUUAUUAAUUUUUAAUAGCAAUCAUGAAUAUAUAUUGAGCCAUAGAAGCCACAAUGAGAUUCUGCCGCACUACAGAAUAUACAUUUUAUUUUACUUUGUUUAUUCUUUAAAGUUUUAAUAAAGUUGCAUGGUUUUACAUAA